AUGAAGCAUGAGGACCGGUAUCCAUGGGGAGCAAUGCAGAUUUUCGUUUCUAUAAUACUGAUAAGAAACUCUUUCCCACUACAUAUUUUAAUAAAUGGGAGGUGUCGAACUGUCUCACCCCAAUGAAAACAAAAAGGGGCUGGCGGUGGUCCACGAGAGCCAGUGUCGACUCUGCACCUUCACUUUUCGAGACCCGUUGUCUGGCGGUUGUAAACAUCCAGCCUGCAAAAGUUGCCUGGCAGUCUUAUUCACCAGGGAUUUACCAGCACUUGAUAGGGUACUCUGUCCUACAUGCAAGGCACCACUUAUCCUGGAAGAGUUAAAGCCUGACCAAGCAGCUCAACGAAGACUUCAAAAAAUUAAGUCCUGUAAAUGCAAAAAUUGCAACUGGAAAGGCAGCUACAAUGACUACAUUCAGAACCAUGAGCGGAAUUGUGGAGGAGUUGCGCGCAUGCAGUGUAAGGUUUUGGGCUGUGGAAAAUGGCUGCCGGAGAAGAGAGCCCUGGACGUCCAUCGGACAGACGAGUGGUGUCCUAUGAUACUCAUUAUGAAAGCCAGGCUUAACCAUGCAGAGAUUGUUCAUCUGAGUAUGAGGGUAAGACUUUGAGAAACCACCCCCACCCCUGACCCUCCACCCAACCAAACAAACAUACACAUACAUAAAUGCUCUUUCAAAAAUAGCUACAGCCCAUACAGCUGAGCUGAAGGCUACAUGUGUGGGAAGACCAUGUAGAGAUGUGUGUGCAUGUGCCUCUAUGGGGAACUUGAGUGGGAAAAACCCGGUCAAUUCAUAGUGUGUGUACAGCCUUUGAACAUGUACAUUCCCCUUGAAACCAUGGUAUUGAUGAUGCAUUGAACUCUCCUCUCCCUCAGUGCUAUACCCUUACGUAUGCUGAGAAGAAAUGUCAUAUAGAAAAUACAGGAUGUGCUGGUAAAGGCCAAGUGUGACGCGAUAAACUGACACAUUUUUUUGUUAUAAUUGUAUGUGUAAUACCGGUUUCGUUUAUAUUUCUUCUGUAUCUUAUAACACAUAUAAUGAAUACAUACUCG